AUGAGCCCUAUAUUCGUCUCUUACAAAACGCCAGCGACCAAACGUCGCUGUUACCGGGAAAUUCGUCCCGCAUUGGAGUCUGGCCAUAGCCAUGUAACAGCCUCCUGUCCCGACACAACCCGAAAGAGGUCACUCGACGACGACGACGACGUCGCGCCUGGGCCGCCCCUACGCCAGCCAUCUUCGAGCCCGGAACAGAAAAGACGUAAUGUGUCGGUAGCAUGCGAAAGCUGCAGGAAGCGGAAGAUCAAGUGCUCCGCCGGUCAACCCAAAUGCUCCGGUUGCAUGGCGAAGGGUCUCGAGUGCCGGUACAAUUCCGACCCAUCCGAGUCGCGCGUUGCGUCGCUGAAGAGAAAAUACGACGAAAUCGCCAGUCGCAACGACUCGUUGGAGAGGUUCUACGCCGUUAUGCGAUCCAUGCCCGAGGGCCAAGCGUACCAGGUUCUCAAGAGGAUCCGAUCCGGGGCGUCGGCCGACGAUAUCGUUCGCGAGAUCGAAGCGGGAUGUCUGCUGAUGGAACUUGCUUCUCGAGGAGAUGAGACGGCACACGGGCAAGAGCAGCCAGAGGUGGCUGAGGCCGGGAGACCGAUGUUCGGGGCAGAGGGGGUUGACAUCAGCCGGGCGUACCCUUCAUGGACUUGCUCACCCGUUCACCAAUGUCACGUAGCCAUUGAUUCGUAG